GAGAACACCUACGUCACUUGUCAUCUUCCUCAAUCUUGAAAGAAAAUCUACCAUAUUUAAACGAAUCUACGAUCCGUGGCUACGAAUGUGAUAUUUUCCUCUGAAACUGUAGGAAAAUCGUUGAGAAAAAAAUAACGAGAAUUUGAAGACUAAAAGAUAAAUUCGAAAUGCAAAAAUAAGUAUAUAUAAUUUUACUAUAAACGAAAUAAAGAAACCAUUAAUAAAAAGACGCGCCAUUUUUAAAGCAGUCGUAGUGAGAUUUAAAAAGACAAACAAAGCAUAACAAACAUGCAUUUUACACUGAAAUGGCGAAGGUGGAGGAACACUGAAAAUGCAAAUACUGUUAUCGGUAUUGUCAGGUACAUCCCGUACGUCGCGUGUGUGAUCAGCCUGAAGAUCUACGUCAUGAUGCUGCUGGUGCACAAGAGGGACUAUGCUGACUAUGCUGACUAUGAUGACUAUGCUGCGCGGUUGGGGAGCGAGGGGACGAGGGAGAGUCGGGUGGAACCCACCGCCGCCACGACGGCCGAACCCGAGGACCCCUUCUGGGACGAGAAGCAGAGGGUCCUGUCCCGCCUGAACGACUCGCUCCUCCAGCCCUCCUCCCUCAACAGGACGCCCAGCACCAUCUGGCUCUUCUACAACCGGAUUCCUCGCACGGCCGGACAGACGGUGGUGUCGCUCCUCAAGUCCUUGGCGGGAGACCUCGAUUACCAGCACCAGGAGCAUGUUUACCGGACCCCGUGGCAGCGCCUGAUGAGCGAAGAGGAACAGAAUAAUUUGGCCACGUGGUUCGAGUACAACUUUUGGCCCAAAAGCUACGACCGAUUUUCUCUCUUCAUCAACUUUACAGAGCAUCGUAGAGUCCCGUACGGUGGAAACACUCUCCGACCCAGAGGAUGCCUACGCACUGACUGUUGGGCGCCGCGAAGAACGCGUGAUUAUACCGACGGUGCACCUCUAGAAGUUUAUCUCCUAACUUCCGGAGCUUACGCACAACGCCACGUAUCGACAAGCCGAGUAGCACCUACGGGAUCAAGAGGAUACUCAUGUUCACUGGCGGACGGGAGCGGGUUCUCGGAUAGUUUAUUGGUGUAUAGUCGCGGGAUAUACGCUCUGACAGCGGUACGCUGCAUUGUGACGUAUCCGUUCGCUAUUCGGCAUCCCUUAAGCUAUAGCCGACCUGAGAGUAAUGCCAUCCCUAUAUGCCACGCGCGUAUAUGGAUGUCGACACACACAUCAAGACGCAAGUGGUACUGGAAGAAACUCGAGGACUGUGUGCUGAAGGAGGACCCCGAGUGUGAAUUUCGAGAAGGAUCUGAGGACUUCAUCUCGGCCAUUCCGUUUCUGUGUGGACAGCACGACUACUGCAUAAAACACGGCAAUUCAUGGGCUUUACAAAAGGCGAAAUUCAACGCAGAAUACGAGUACUCCGUGAUCGGCCUGGUGGAGCACUGGAACACAACGCUGGCAGUCCUUGAGCAUUUCCUACCCAGCUUCUUCCAGGGCGUUCAGCAGCGGUAUUGGGAUGCAGAGUUCAAGGACCAGCGUACAGUCAACAAGAAUCCAAAGAAGUACAAGCCAGUUUCAGAAACAGUACGCAAGAUCCUGAAAGACAAAAUGGCCCUGGAAUAUGAGCUUUACGAGUUCCUCAAGCAGAGGCUUCACCAGCAGUUUGAGAGUAUUGCUGAUCUCCUAAAGUUGCCGACAACAAAGAUUCAUUCCAGGUCAACGGAAAAGGCAGCCUUGAGUUCAUGGGAUAGAAUGGAUAUAGAACUCAGACACUGACCUUUUCAAAUCCAUGAAAACUAUAUAUAUUCACUAGAGUUAGGUAUAACACACUCAUGGUUUUUGCCACUCAUUCCAUUGUCUUUCAAACUCUGAUGCUUUCAUACUAUAUACUUCAUACUUCUAAGUACUACAUUUAAAUUUCUAAUGAAAAUAAAGGUAAUGAUUGGUGGAUAGAUAGUGCAUUUGAGUUUUUUACUAGUGAUACAGCUUGAAGACAGAUUCCAACAUUGGUGACUCCUCAGGGCAAGAUGCACAGGUGCCACAGGCACAUAUUUUCCAUUUUAGUAAUUAACAAUGAUAGAUGGGUCAAUUGAAACGUGUUGCAGUUCGGACAGAUAUACUUUUAAGGCUCUAAGUGGGGGCCACUUUGGUUGUUUACAAACAGGCUGCAAGGCAAAGCGUACUACUUCCAACUCUCACCCUGUUCGCUACACAAAGCUUCACGAAAUGUUUUGUCAGGUCAACUGCUCACUUGAUUUUGCCAUGCAAUGCAGGUGCUGAUGAGAAACCAAUUUUUUUUAAAUAGGCCUAAUGUCAAACUGAUACAGCACUUCCAAGAAGAAUAUACAUGCACUUGGGUUUUAACAUUUGCAUCUAAAUUCCCUUUAGCAAGAGAUGGUUGUUGCAUUCAUUUUCACUUAUUGGUUUACAGUAAGCACAAAAAUAUAGCUGAUUACUUUUCCUACAUUUAAGAUUCAAAUACCUGUAUCAUCAAAAAAUUUUAGAAGUAAUUUAUAAAUAUUUUUAUGAAAGUACAGAGAAACUCCAAUAUUCAAGUUUGAGUCAUUCCUUGUUAAUCUUAUCAUACAGAAUAAAUUAAUAUAAACACGAAGAUGAAGUAUAUAUUAUAUUAGAAUAUAUAUCAAAUGUAUAAUAUAUUAGAAGGUAUCAAUUUAACGAAGAUUGAUCUAGUGUAUUAUAUCUGUGUGUAUAUUGCCACAUGCAUUUUCUUUUGUAAAUAUAUUUAUAUGCUUUCAUUAAAAUAAAUGAUCUUACAAACAGAGUCCUCUCUCAUUGAUGUUAUUUGUAGACCUAAUAAUUUUUUCACUGUAUUCAGUUAUAUUUUUUUACUACACUGAAGUGGAAAACAUACAAUGAAUACUCUGCAAAAACGUUUAUGGAA